CCGUUUCAUUUGACCACUCAGAAAUUGAACAUUCCAAAGGCCGGUCUCCUCCUUCUCGGUGUUCUUUGGUAAGUGCGGUAAAAUUUUGUGGAUAAACUAAUCGUGAAAAAGUGCUGAAAUUACAAGCCAUCGUCGAAUAAAAAGUGAUAGAAUCACUAAAUAUAGGCUUAAAGUGUGUGCUAGUGCAGAUAUUUAUUCGUGACUUUUUGUCGCUCACCGCACCUCAUAAACCAAAAAUGCUGUCCGCCGCCAGAUUGAUCGCCCCUGCAGCCAGGUCUGCCAUCUUCAGCAACGCAGCUGUGGUGCGACCACUCGCUGCAGUCUCCACACAAACACAGCUGGUGCCCGCCGCCCCCGCCCAGCUGUCGGCGGUGCGCUCCUUCCAGACCACAUCGGUCACCAAGGACAUUGACUCGGCUGCCAAAUUCAUUGGUGCUGGUGCUGCGACAGUGGGUGUAGCUGGCUCUGGUGCUGGUAUUGGAACAGUGUUCGGUUCCCUCAUCAUUGGUUACGCCAGGAACCCCUCCCUGAAGCAGCAGCUGUUCUCAUAUGCCAUCUUGGGUUUCGCCUUGUCUGAGGCUAUGGGUCUCUUCUGUCUUAUGAUGGCGUUCCUGUUGCUGUUUGCUUUCUAAGCUGUUUAUUUUUAAGAACACUACUACUGCCAUCCUACAUAAUGAGGUUUCAGUGUAUACAAUCUGGAGUGGACGGCCGUGGAAUCAAAAGUGCGAAACCUCACCCUCAUAGUGAUGCAAGGACUGUGUGUAAAUGUGUUACACUCAAGUGCGUGUCAUCAGGAAUGCAAUUUAUUUAAUUAUGUAGUAUAAAUGAAAAUCUGCAAAUAAAACGUUGUACGUAAACAUUAUGCUGAAGCCACUGUUAUUUCUAUUCCUGAUUAUUGUAGAUUGUUGUCGAAACAUGUUACACAAAUAGCUCACAAAAUAUACGGCAAAGGCAGUGAUGAUUUUAUUGAGCCAGUGUACGCGUAUUGCGCGAAUAUCGUCAUUGCCUUUGCGGUGAAUCUGUUAUCAUGACGGGAGUGUCGGUAUCUGUAUUGUACAUUUUUAGGGCGAUUAAAUGAUACAAACUUAAA